AUGGAAGACAUUUCAAAUAUAAUUGAAGACCAACGUGGGUUAUUAGACAAUUUAAAACGAACAUCUCAGAGGUUUGAUAGUAAAUCUAGGGUUCUAAAGACACGAGGUUAUGUUCAAACCAUUUUGGAAGCUAUAGAAUCAGUAUGUCAGCAGUUUACAGAUACACACCAUCUUAUUAGUUUAAUUCGAGAAAGGUCCAUUAGGUCAGAUGAUGUACCCUAUUUUUCUGAAGAAAUUUUUGAGGAAUUUCAAGAUUUCUUUCAAAUGUUUAAAGGAAGAUUGCUAGAUAUUAAUGCUGAGACUCAGCAACCUCAUUCGCCAAUAUUUCACUCAAGCACAUUUCAUGCAUCAACAUCUAGGCAAAAUACGACGAUACCAGCUGAAGCACGAUUGCCCAAAAUUGAUAUACCAACCUUUUCUGGAGACUACCUGUCUUGGAUCUCAUAUAGAGAUAUGUUCGUAUCAUUAGUACAUAGGUCUUGCUCUGGUACUCCACUAGACAUUGUUAAUGAAUAUCCAGCUUCUGAGGAAAAUUACGACUUAGCAUGGGAUGCUCUUAAUAGGCGUUAUCACAAUCGUAGAAAAAUUGUUAGCACCCUAUUAUCUAAACUGUUCUCAAUUCCGAAUUCCAAUGGUACUGCCGAAAGUAUACAGAAUAUUUUGGAUACUACACGCAAUUGUUUAGCUCUAAUAAAUACUUUAGGAGUCACAAAGGAAACCUAUGAUGCAAUUAUAAUACACAUCACUGUAAAUCGCCUUGACGUUCAAUCAAGAAAGGAGUGGGAACAGUCGCUUAAAGCCACAGUAGAAAUUCCUAAGAUCAGAGAACUUUUUAGUUUUUUGGAAACAUCGUUUAGGACACUUGAAUCUCUCGCAGAACCUACUCAGUCAAUUUCGCGUGCAAAGACAUACCCAAACUCUAGAAAUAAUUUUCGUAGAAAUAUCCAUAUAACAACUUCGAACGAUGAUAGCAAUUGCCCAUGCUGCAACAGACGUCAUUUCUUAUACAAAUGUUUUAAAUUUAUAUCUAUGCCAUCGAACGAAAAACGUGAACUUAUGAAAACCAAACGAAUUUGUCAUAAUUGUUUGAAUGUUGGUCACUUUAGUCGCGAAUGCCGCUCAACAGCUCGUUGCCAGACAUGCCAACAAAAACACCACACCAUAGUUCAUAAUGAAUUUACAACAUCAGCGUCUACGGACCAAAUAUCGUCUAAUAGAUCAGAGACAACAGAGAACUCUUCCAAUAUUGCAAUACACUGUAGUGCACUCGCAAAACCUCAAGUUUUAUUAGCCACAAUGCGAGUUAGUGUUAAAACAUACUAUGGAACUUUUUCCCUCAGGGCAAUGUUAGACCACUGUGCCCAAGCCACACUUAUUACUGAAAAUGCAUCACAAACUUUAAGAUUACAGUCCUUUAAAACAUUUGCUCAAAUUAGUGGAGUUUGUAUAAAUAAAUCUAUUACUACUCAUAAAUAUGUAAAUUUAGUACUGCAAUCUAGAACAGAACCUAGUUUUGAAUUGAAAUGUAGUGCUCUUGUUGUACCGUCCAUCACACAUUACCAACCUAUACCAACAAAUAAGGGAAAACUUCCAAAUAUCGAUAAUUUUCAAUUAGCUGACCCAGAAUUCUUAAAUCCUGGAGAAAUUGAUUUACUACUGGGUGGAGAUGUUUAUGGUGAGAUAAUUUUACCCGAUCAAAAGAAAUUUGAAAAUAAUAUUUUCUUACAGUACACCCACUUUGGGUGGGUUGUAUCAGGACCCACUUCUAAAUUCGUUUAUAGCGACCUCAUUAAUGUGAAUAUUUGCUCAUUAGAAGAACAAUUAAAGGCCUUUUGGCUUCAAGAAGAAUUACUAGAAAAGAGAAAGUGGACAGAAGAAGAAGAACUUUGUGAAAGAUAUUUUAAGGCAACAACAACAAGAGAUAGCACGGGUCGAUACAAAGUUGCUUUGCCGUUUAAAAAUAUAAUUAAAGGUGAACCAAUGCCAAUGUUUAGUAUGACUGAUUAUAGCGCACUUUCACGAUUGAAAAAUAUAGAAGCAAAAUGUAAACAAAAUCCUAAAUUUGGGGACGCUUAUUAUAAAUUUAUGACUGAAUAUGAAAACUUAGAUCACAUGAAAGCGGUUGGUGUAUAUCCCAAUGAUUUGGGAAGAAAUUGCUACUUUUUACCACACCAUGGAGUUUGGAGGGAAAGUAGUUCUACAACGAAAUUAAGAGUAGUGUUUGACGGUAGCGCUAAAAAUUGUACAAAAUCUUCAUUAAAUGAUGAAUUGGCUGCAGGGCCAGCACUUCAAAAUGAUUUACCUACUACUGUUAUACGUUGGAGACGCUUUAAAGUUGGCUUUCGAUCAGACUUAGAAAAAAUGUUUCGCCAAAUUAAUGUUAUAAAUGACCACCAAAAGUACCAACAAAUAUUGUGGCGUAAAAGUGCCAAUAGUGAUAUCAAUAUCUACAAAUUAUCGACAGUUACCUACGGUACAACUUCUGCCCCUUUUCUGUCUAUGAGAGUACUACAUCAAUUAGCAGAAGAUGAGACUGAAAAUUAUCCAACAGCAAGUAAAGUGCUCAUCUCUGAUACAUACGUUGAUGAUAUAAUUUCAGGUGCUGAUAGUUACGAUGAAGCUAUUCUGCUACAACAACAGUUGUCUAAAAUGUUAAAAAAGGGUGGUUUUACACUAAGAAAGUGGAUCUCUAAUGACAGACAAUUUAUUAGUAGUAUACCUAUUGAAUAUAGAGAGAUUAAGGACGUAUUUUAA